AGAGGCCGCGGCGGGGCGGCGGUUGUGAGCCCGCGGCGGUAGCACGUGACGCCGGACGCGCCGCCUGAUGCCGCGGCGCCGCCGCCCCCAGCGCUGCUUUCUCCGACGCCCGGCCGCGAGCAGAUGCAUCACAGGAUGAAUGAAAUGAACCUGAGCCCAGUGGGGAUGGAGCAACUGACUUCAUCCUCUGUGAGCAAUGCCUUGCCAGUCUCAGGAAGUCACCUGGGCUUGGCUGCCUCCCCCACUCACAGUGCCAUCCCUGCCCCAGGUCUUCCUGUGGCAAUUCCAAACCUGGGUCCCUCAUUAAGCUCUCUGCCUUCUGCUUUGUCUCUGAUGCUCCCAAUGGGUAUUGGGGAUCGAGGGGUGAUGUGUGGGUUACCUGAAAGAAACUAUACCCUACCUCCACCACCUUACCCUCACCUCGAGAGCAGUUACUUCAGAACCAUUCUACCUGGUAUUCUUUCUUAUUUAGCUGACAGGCCACCUCCUCAGUACAUCCACCCCAACUCUAUAAAUGUGGAUGGUAACACAGCACUAUCGAUUGCCAAUAACCCUUCAGCGCUCGAUCCCUAUCAGUCCAAUGGAAAUGUUGGAUUAGAACCAGGCAUUGUUUCAAUAGACUCACGUUCUGUGAACACACAUGGUGCCCAAAGUCUUCAUCCUAGUGAUGGCCAUGAGGUGGCGUUGGACACAACAAUCACUAUGGAGAAUGUUUCCCGGGUUACCAGCCCAAUCUCUACAGAUGGAAUGGCAGAGGAGCUUACAAUGGAUGGUGUUGCAGGCGAGCAUUCUCAAAUUCCAAAUGGCUCCAGAAGUCAUGAACCUCUCUCCGUGGAUUCUGUGAGCAACAACCUGACAGCAGACCCUGUAGGACAUGGCGGUGUGCUACCUAUUCAUGGGAAUGGACUGGAGCUCCCUGUGGUCAUGGAGACAGACCACAUUGCAAGUCGGGUCAACGGGAUGUCGGACAGUGCCCUCAGUGACUCCAUCCACACCGUGGCUAUGAGCACCAACUCUGUAAGCGUGGCACUCUCUACCUCACACAACCUUGCCUCCCUAGAAUCUGUUUCCCUUCAUGAAGUUGGCCUCAGCCUAGAACCUGUGGCUGUCUCCUCCAUCACCCAGGAGGUUGCUAUGGGAACAGGUCAUGUAGAUGUAUCUUCAGACAGUCUUUCUUUUGUACCAUCUUCACUGCAAAUGGAAGACUCCAAUUCAAACAAGGAAAACAUGGCAACCUUGUUUACAAUUUGGUGUACUCUCUGUGACCGAGCCUACCCCUCAGACUGCCCUGAACACGGACCAGUGACUUUUGUUCCUGAUACUCCAAUAGAGAGCAGAGCACGACUUUCGCUCCCAAAGCAGCUGGUUCUACGCCAGUCAAUUGUGGGAGCAGAAGUUGGUGUUUGGACAGCAGAAACCAUUCCUGUGCGGACUUGCUUUGGGCCUCUAAUUGGUCAGCAAAGUCACUCUAUGGAAGUUGCAGAGUGGACAGACAAGGCAGUUAACCAUAUCUGGAAGAUAUACCACAAUGGUGUCCUGGAAUUCUGCAUCAUUACAACUGACGAGAAUGAAUGUAAUUGGAUGAUGUUUGUGCGCAAAGCUAGGAACCGUGAAGAACAGAAUUUGGUUGCUUAUCCCCAUGAUGGAAAAAUCUAUUUCUGCACCUCACAAGACAUCCCACCUGAAAACGAACUGCUCUUCUAUUAUAGUCGGGACUAUGCUCAGCAGAUGGGUGUUCCUGAACACCCUGAUGUGCACCUCUGUAACUGUGGCAAGGAGUGCAGUUCCUAUUCAGAGUUCAAAGCUCACCUGACCAGCCACAUCCAUAAUCAUCUCCCUGGUCAGGGCCACAGCAACAGCCAUGGGCCAGGCCAUAGCAAAGAACGGAAGUGGAAGUGCUCCAUGUGCCCGCAGGCUUUUAUCUCUCCUUCCAAGCUCCAUGUGCACAUCAUGGGCCACAUGGGAAUGAAGCCCCACAAGUGUGAUUUCUGUAGCAAGGCCUUCAGUGACCCAAGCAACCUGCGGACCCACCUCAAGAUACACACAGGCCAGAAGAACUACAGGUGUAGUUUAUGUGACAAGUCUUUCACUCAGAAGGCGCAUCUGGAGUCACACAUGGUCAUUCAUACCGGGGAGAAGAAUCUCAAGUGUGAUUACUGUGACAAGCUCUUCAUGCGGAGGCAGGACCUCAAGCAGCACGUGCUCAUCCACACGCAAGAGCGCCAGAUCAAGUGUCCCAAGUGUGAUAAACUGUUCUUGAGAACGAAUCACUUGAAGAAGCACCUCAAUUCUCAUGAAGGAAAGCGGGAUUAUGUCUGUGAAAAAUGUACGAAAGCUUAUCUAACCAAAUACCAUCUUACCCGCCACUUGAAAACCUGCAAAGGACCCACCUCCAGCUCCUCAGCACAGGACGAGGACGACGACGACUCUGAGGAAGAAGACCUUGCAGACGCUGUGGGGGCAGAAGACUGUCGGAUUAGCAGUGCUUUAUAUUCAGCAGAAGAGUCUCUCGCUGCACAAAAAUGAAAGAGAACGCGGUUGCUUUGGACGGAAACACAAAGGGAAAGACACACAUUAGGCAGUUACCCACUACAGUGAUUUUGAUCCAAAAUGGUUUCUGAUUUCCUUCCAGCCAGCAGUUAAAACAAGACUGGGAAUGGAUAAAGCACUUACAAAGGUGUCUGAGUGGAAACACAGUGAAGGAUGGGAGGGCAAGGGCCAACUUUGGAGAUCUGUUCUUUUAUGUACUUAGUUUUGGAAAUGCUUCACAGUAGCCUUCUGCUCAAGAAAAUCCGAUUUAUUUCAGACUCUCCCACUCUGUUUUUCUCUCAGUCCUAUGACAUAUUAACCUCUAAAUUCGAUUGCUGCCCCACUGCCAUCCACUUGCUGAUGGUCAUUUAUGCAGAUGUGCGCCUUACACAUUGCACAGUGGGCUGAAGCAGAGCAGUGGAACCAUGCAGCAUGAACUGUAAUCAUAGAUUCAAAGCAGCCCCUGUGCUAGCCUCUCCUGGCCCAUUUGGGAGUUACAUCUUGCUUCCCGAAUGUCCAGCAGGUUCCUAGAGGGCAGGUAGAAAAGGAGCUGUCAGCCAAUGAGUAAUGAUAGAGGGAAGGAAGGGAGGAGGGGCCAUGCAGGAGUUAGUGUUAAUGGAAGCCAGGUAGAGUCACCUGGUUAAUGUUAUGUGGCGCUCUUUGUAGGUUUAUCCAUGUCUCUCUCCCAUAGAACCUCGAGUCAUUUAAAGAGGGUCUAAAUUGUCUCUUGGUGGCCCGUGGACUCACCAGAGUGGUAUCUCAGCCCAUGGAAGGGAAGGAAGGGAGAACUUUGGUUUGCUCCUUGAGAAGUAGAUAGAGAACAUUAAAUGUUGCCAACUGAAAGCAACAGAAUACUCCAAGUGCAUUGGGACAUUUGCAGGGUUAGGUCUUUGCAGCUCUGCCAAAGGACCUGACCAGCUGAGCAUGGAGGAUGCCAGUGGAGUCAGAAGGUGACGGCUCAGUGGUCACCACCACCCAGGCCUGUGCCCAGGUCCCUGUGAGCAGGCAGAUGCAGCUUUCGUGAAGAAGCACGCAUGCUCCAGUGACAGCAGAUAGGACAUCCCUCCUAACUGAAGGCACAACUUCUGGACCAGAGGACCCUGGGGAGAAGGUUUUGCUGCUAAUGUAUUUAUGGAACGAAUGUAUUUCAUUCAAAUCUGUAUUCCUCUAGAAAGGAUUAAAAUAAUUUUUUUUAAAUACAA